UGUGGGCUAAGGCCCGCGCCUGCCCCCGGGGGAGGUUGCACAAACCUUCCUGCGCAGGCCUUGGGCUGCCUGCCCGCCUGGCCCGCGCUCCAGCCUGCCUCUUCCCCUGGCCACUGCCUCCCCCCCGGGGCUGGCAUCCCUGCUCCCUGCCCUGGGUCCCAGACUGUGUCCUUGGUCUCCGCAGGGUCGGCGAGGGGCCGGGCUGGACACCAGGACCCGCCCUCCCAUCACUGAGCUCCGCUCCUUCCUCAUUUUGCUGCCGAUUCUGGCCCCAAACAAAACAGGUUGAGCCUUUUCCUCGCCUCGGCAGCUCCUCCUGGCCGGUGGCUGCCUUCUGAGUGCUGCAGACGGCGCCGGCCGGGAAGGGGGGCCUGGGCCAGCCCUGCCAGGACUGGGACGGUGCUCCUGGCGCCCGGCCCUCCAUCGGGCCAGCCUGUGGCAGGACAGCGAGCUUUGCCGCGGCAGACGCCUGAGGAUGAUGCCCCAGCUGCAGUUCAAAGAUGCCUUUUGGUGCAGGGACUUCACAGCCCACACAGGCUACGAGGUGCUGUUGCAGCGGCUGCUGGAUGGCAGGAAGAUGUGCAAGGACAUGGAGGAGCUGCUGAGGCAGAGGGCCCAGGCGGAGGAGCGGUACGGGAAGGAGCUGGUGCAGAUCGCACGGAAGGCAGGCGGCCAGACGGAGAUCAACUCCCUGAGGGCCUCCUUUGACUCCUUGAAGCAGCAAAUGGAGAAUGUGGGCAGCUCACACAUCCAGCUGGCCCUGACCCUGCGCGAGGAGCUGCGUAGUCUUGAGGAAUUCCGGGAGAGGCAGAAGGAGCAGAGGAAGAAGGGCAUGGCUAUCCUGAGACAGAGUGGCUGCAUGGAAGUGAGGUCCCCAUCAUGGGAGUAUGAGGCCGUCAUGGACCGGGUCCAGAAGAGCAAGCUGUCCCUCUACAAGAAGGCCAUGGAGUCCAAGAAGACUUACGAGCAGAAGUGCCGGGACGCGGACGACGCCGAGCAGACCUUCGAGCGCAUUAGCGCCAACGGCCACCAGAAGCAGGUGGAGAAGAGCCAGAACAAAGCCAAACAGUGCAGGGACUCAGCUGGCGAGGCAGAGCGGGUGUACAGGCAGAGCAUUGCGCAGCUGGAGAAGGUACGGGCGGAGUGGGAGCAGGAGCACCGGACCACCUGUGAGGCCUUCCAGCUGCAAGAGUUUGACCGGCUGACCAUUCUCCGAAACGCUCUUUGGGUACACAGCAACCAGCUCUCCAUGCAGUGCGUCAAGGACGAUGAGCUCUACGAGGAAGUGCGGCUGACGCUGGAAGGUUGCAGCAUAGACGCCGACAUCGACGGCUUCAUCCAGGCCAAGAGCACGGGCACUGAGCCCCCGGCUCCGGUGCUCUACCAGAACUACUAUGACCGGGAGGUCACCCCGCUGACCGGCAGCCCCAGCAUCCAGCCGUCCUGCGGCAUGAUAAAGAGGUUCUCUGGACUGCUGCACGGAAGUCCCAAGACCACCUCGUUGGCAGCUUCUGCUGCCUCCACAGAGACCCUCACCCCCUCCCCCGAGCGGAAUGAGGGUGUCUACGCAGCCAUCGCAGUGCAGGAGACGCAGGGAAACUCGGCCUCGCCAGCCCAGGAGUACCGCGCGCUCUACGACUACACAGCACAGAACCCAGAUGAGCUGGACCUCUCCGCGGGUGACAUCCUGGAGGUGAUCCUGGAAGGGGAGGAUGGCUGGUGGACCGUGGAGCGGAACGGGCAGCGUGGCUUCGCCCCUGGUUCCUACCUGGAGAAGCUUUGAGGAAGGGGCAGGAGUCCCCUCGGACCUGCCCUGCCGGUAGAGCCAGCAGUGCCCCACACUGUCCCGGCCUUGCCGGGGCCCAGAGCCGAGCAUCCCUAAGCCCUGAGCGACAGCCUGUCUCCCAGGGAAUAAAGGAGUGUGUUCUGUUCUC